CCCGAGAAGUUGGUUGGUAUGUGUGCUGUGCGGCUCUCCGUUAACUCUGCAGACAACCUAUAGCUGGCGGACCAGUGAACUCCUGCCUAUUUUUAGAAGUCUGUCUAAUGGGGGAAAAGGAAGAGGCCUGAAGAAACUGCAGAGGAAGGUCUUAACUGCGCUGCAAUGAGCUCGCACAACACCGCGAAGUGACGGAAUAAAAAGUUAACAGAAGUUCAACGCUUUGCUCCAGCUCAGCUUAACUUUGAAUAAAACGCAGUGGCCACUGGAGAAGUUGCUGCGCAGCGCAAUGGCUGCCCAGUGCGACGCUUUAAGCGGAUACUUGCAGCAGUCGGACCAGGGCUCCAACAGCGAGCGCAGCACCGACUCUCCUCUCCCGGGAUCAGAGGAGGAUCUGAGCGGACCCCAUCCGCUGCCAGAUCCGGAGUGGACUGAGGAGAGGUUUCGGGUAGACCGUAAGAAGUUGGAAAUAAUGUUAUUAGCUGCCUCUGAGGGGAGAGUCAACGGCGGGGAGGAUUUCUUUCAGAAGAUCAUGGAUGAGACCCAAACGCAGAUCGCCUGGCCGUCCAAACUGAAAAUCGGAGCCAAGUCCAAAAAAGAUCCACACAUCAAGGUCUGCGGGAAGAGGGAGAAUGUGAGGGAAGCCAAAGACAGAAUUAUGUCUGUCCUUGACACAAAGAGUAACAGGGUAACUCUGAAGAUGGACGUUUCCCACACAGAGCACUCCCACGUUAUUGGCAAAGGUGGCAACAACAUCAAGAGGGUGAUGGAGGAGACGGGGUGCCACAUCCAUUUCCCAGACUCUAACAGAAACAACCAGGCAGAGAAAAGCAACCAGGUGUCAAUUGCAGGACAGCCAGGAGGUGUGGAGGCAGCUCGAGUAAAAAUAAGGGAGCUGCUCCCUCUUGUGCUGUCUUUCGAGCUUCCUGCCAUCAUGCAGUCUGACCCCAGCUCCCCCACCGUGCAGCACAUCUCACAGACCUACAACCUCACGGUCUCCUUCAAGCCCCCGACUCGCCUCUACAGGGCCACCGGCGUGGUUCGCGGCUCACAGAAUAACGCCAAUGCCGUCAAGAGGGGUACAGCUCUGCUGUUGGAACACCUGGCUGGUAGCCUGGCAAGCACCAUCUCAGUCACCACCCACCUGGACAUUGCACCCCAGCACCACCUCUUCAUGAAGGGCCGGAAUGGCAGCAACAUCAAGCACAUCACCCAGAGAACGGGAGCCCAGAUCCACUUCCCUGACCCCAACAGCCCCCAGAAGAAAUCCACAGUCUACAUUCAGGGCACCAUUGAAUCAGUCUGCCUGGCACGGCAGUACCUAAUGGGCUGCUUGCCUCUGGUAUUAAUGUUUGACAUUAAAGAGGACAUUGAGGUGGAGCCCCAGUGUAUCACAGCACUGAUGGAGCAGCUGGAUGUCUUCAUCAGUAUCAAACCAAAGCCAAAACAACCCAGCAAGUCUGUGAUAGUCAAGAGCGUGGAGAGGAAUGCAGUGAACAUGUACGAAGCCCGAAAAUUCCUCUUGGGUCUGGAGAGCAAUGGGGUGUCGUCCUCCUCACCCUCGGUGGCGUUGAAUCCCGCCACCAAUGGCCCGUCCCCGUCCCUCAUCUGCCCCGUUGGCCUGGACAUCCUGGCCUCAGCUGGCCUGGGGCUGAGUAAUCUGGGUUUCCUGGGUGCGACGGCGCCCCACUCCCUCACCAACUCUGCUGCCCCAAACUCUGUCCUCAACAGCUUAAACUCCUCCAUGAGCCCUCUGCAGACCCCAAGCCCCAGCACCCCCACACCCUCCGCCUCCCUCUGGCCCAGUUCGCUCACCAGCACCCAAGGCUUCUCAUCUCAGCUGAUGCUGCACCCUGCCACCCAGGCCACCCUGAGUAGCAUCCUGCUGUCAAGCGUGCAGGGUUACACACAAAGUACACCGUCCCCUCCACCUGGCCUCGCCCCCAUAGACAAGCAGCCCAACGGGGUCCCUGACUGCACCAAGGGCCCCUGCACGCUUAAUGGACAUGUCAAGCAUUCUGGCUCAGUCUAUGGGAGGAUAGCAAGUGCGUCACUUGCAGAAACUGUCUUGAGUCCAACCCCAUGUGAUUCGGUCCAGGAGGCCAGUGGACACAAUCCAUCAGAACCACUGUCCAGCAAAUCCAGCCCAGAUCAAGGCUCUGACACAUUUGUGGAAGUGGGCAUGCCCAGAAGCCCGUCUCACUCAGCCAAUGGGAACGAGCUGAAACAGAUGCUGGCUUCGUGUAAGACGUCAUCAGGGAAACGACAGGCUGUGGAGCUCCUGCAGGGCACCAAGAACUCCCAUCUACAUUCUGACUGUCUUCUCUCGGACGCUGAGUCCAGCUCGUCAGACAGUCCUGUGGCAGAUAAGAGGGCACCCGGUAGCGAGCGUGCGGCGGAGAGGGCAGCACAGUUGAACGAGAGGGAGAGAAUCAGACUGGGACCACAGACCUCCUUCGCCAACAUGCAGGCAUUUGACUAUGAACAGAAAAAGCUGUUGGCAACCAAAGCUAUGUUAAAGAAGCCUGUGGUGACUGAGGUGCGGACACCUACCAACACUUGGAGUGGUCUGGGCUUCUCAAAGUCCAUGCCAGCUGAGACCAUCAAGGAGCUGCGGAGAGCCAAUCAUGUUUCAUACAAGCCCAGCAUGAGCACCACCUACGAAGGUUCCCCGCUGUCCUUGUCUCGAUCCAGCAGCCGGGAAGGCAUUGGGAACGGCAGUGACUCUGACAACUGGCGAGAUAGGAACGGCACCGGUAAUGGCCUGGCGAGUCACACCGAGUUCCCCUCCGCUGUCAGCAGCCCAAAGAGGAAGCAGAACAAAUCUGCUGCAGAGCAUUACCUCAGCAGCAGCAACUACAUGGACUGCAUCUCUUCGGUAACUGGCAGCAACGGCUGCAGCCUGAACUCGUCUCUGAAAGGCUCAGACCUGCCUGAGCUGUUCAGCAAGCUGGGCUUGGGGAAAUACACAGACGUCUUCCAGCAACAAGAGAUUGACCUCCAGACAUUCCUGACUCUAACAGACCAGGACCUGAAGGAACUGGGCAUCACCACCUUUGGAGCCCGCAGGAAAAUGCUGCUCGCCAUCUCAGAACUAAACAAGAACCGGAGGAAGCUAUUUGAGCCACCCAUCAGGUCCUCCUUUCUGGAAGGGGGAGCGAGCGGCCGCCUCUCCCGUCAGUUUCACGCAGACAUGGCUAGCAUCAGCGGGCGAUGGUAGGAUCCUCUAGACCUCCAGGCCAUCCCAUAACCGUCCAUGAUGGAGACCAGCCUCCAAUAUCUUUCUGUGCCUCAGCAGCUUAGGUUUCAGUGGUCGUUUAUCCUCUUUCAGCUUCAGCUGAAUUAAGACUGUUCAAAAUGUUGUCAUUGCCAUAUAGUGUGUAUAUAUAUAUAUAUAUAUAUAUAUAUAUAUAUAUAUAUAUAUAUAUAUAUAUUAAAAAGCCAUAGUUUUACCAGCCAGCAAAAAAAAAAAAAAAGGGAUGUCUCAGAUACAUGAGGUUCAGUGUUCACUCCUUAUAGAGACAUUGAGUCUAUCUGGAGCAUUUAUAUAUGAAAGUUGUUGUUGUGGUUCUGAAGAAGGGUACUGUCCAGUAUUUCUGUCCACAUAUUGUUCAAGGGAACAGGCAGAAUGAUUAGUACAAUCAUUUUACACAUUGAUACUACCUGCAUUUGUAUUAUGCUGUUGUAUCAGUGACAUGCACUUUAAUAAUACUAGACUUUUGCCUGUGAGAGCCUACUUCCUUAGAUUGAAAUAAUAACUAUGCAUUUUUUUUAUUGACUAAAAGCACAAAUGCAUUUUGUACCAAACUAAAUGUAAGCACUUAACCGGUGAGAUUAGGGCGCCACCAAAUUAAGUGCAAAAUAUGUCAGCACGCCAAAUUCAUCAACUUUAACACAUAUACCAAAGUAAAGUAUCUUUGUGGCAUUUGAAUUUUGGUUGCCUUAAGUGUUUUGAUUGGUGGACAUUCCUCCAAGGUCAGUGUUUGUGUCCAACCGCAGUCUGUGUCUGUGUAUUUCUAGACAAAACAAAAAAAAUCUAAUAUUUUGUACUCAUUAUGCAUUAUGAUUUUAUUUUUAGUUUUUAUUACUAUUUUAGGGGAAUGGGUGGGACGUUUAUUGUUAAUCAGUUUACAUAUGUAUUUUUUAUACAUUCAUGAAUGCAUUUCUAUGAUUUUGUAAUAAGUUUAUUAGUAUCUUUUACUUUUUUCCUGCCCUUUAAUCUGUGGAUCCGUAAUAUGGCUGUGCCAUUAGACAGCAGCAGAGACAUGAGGCAGUUAGGCUAAGUUUCAUAGGCCUCUCUCUGAUUGUGUCAACAGGCAUCUUUCUGUGGUUUUUCUUCUCUGUUUGUUUAUAGUACAUGGUCUUUUGUCUCAUCUGUUGUUUGUCAGUUUUGGCCUCCCUGUGGCCCCUUCUGUGUGCCUAAAAUCUCACAAAGCACUCCUCCAUGUAUCCGGAACAUGAGUUGCUAUGCUAGAACAGUGUGCAUUUUUUGUCUUUCUAUUCACUGGCUGUUCCAUUAAGAGCAAGGAAAGACCUCAUAACAAAGCAAGGCCAUGCCUUUGUAGCGAAAAGUGCCAAUGUACAUAAGUAGUUUUUCAGCAGGGAGAUAUUUUGUUAAGAACACUAAUAUUUUUGCCUGACCUUACUCUCCAGAUAGGAGGUGCAUCACACAAAGACCCAGUAUAUUCACAGCCAAGUUGGUUUCAUAUGAGCAUUUCUACAAGAGACACAAAUAAGGAACCAAAGUCAUCAGAAGGACUGUGAGAUUUAAGAUGAAAACAAAUAAAAAUCUGGAAUUUUCUAGUAUCAGUCGUGCAAUCUAAUAUCCACAAAACCUGGUUAAGCAGUGUUUAAUGAAGUAACAGGAUUAUGCAUUCAGCAGCAGUGUUUAUCAUCAAAGCUCGAGUUUGUUCUGGGCCCCUGUAUUAUGUUCGGCCAUGCGUUUUCAAAAGGAAAACAUCCUUUUCCAACAGUUCAUUAACUUUGGAUAACUCAAGUGGGUUUUUUUGUGUGACGUUCUUAAGAUUUAUCUGAGGAUUUAGCCCACAAGCCGAUACAUCUUCCAAGGUCCUGAGCAUUUUGUAUCAAGUGCAAUUAAGUUCCUCUUUUUGAAGUUGUUUGUUGAAGUGUUUAUAUUUGCAGUUCAAUAAGUAUAAAAGCUAAGACUGAAGAAUUUCUUAUCUUGGAUUGAAUGAGAGUACAGUGUUUAAAAUCUAUUAGGUAUGUAGAGGACGCUUCUGAGAAAUUAUCACUGUCCAGUGUAUGAACAUUUAUCUGGACAAAUUUAACUGACAGAAAGUAACAACAGUCCUCAUAUAAUCUCAAACAGAGAGAAGUCGAUCAUUUCUCACCUCUCUUCGAUUCGCUAUGUUUCCCUUUAAGGUGACUUGUUGUUUAUCAUGUUCACUUUUAACCACUUCCCACCCUCCCUUGCAUCUGAUUUGAGCCAUUCUCAAUGUGGUUGUCAAGUUAAUAACACUAUACUAAAUAAUAUUCUGACAUGGUUGCAUACCAACCAGGUAAUUGUUUUUGUUGUUUUUUUCCUUUUGAAGUCUUAAGAAAAGAAAUUAAGAGGGAGAAAGCUAAUAUAGAAAGGGAUUCUUUAUCCUGAGAGGAAACCCGGGGGCCGGUUCGCCCCCACUCAUCAUGGUACUACAUUGAAACUGUUGAGCACUGAUUCUGCCAGUGCUGUGACUCGUGUUCCUGCCUAGCAGACAUUUGUUUUCAUCCCUCACCUUGUUCGGAUGUGUUUGCUCGGAGGGCAGUAGAGGUUCUUGUCUUAUCAAGUGAAUGUUGUUUUAAAAAAUAUUGAAACAUGUUAUUGCAGAUUUAUUACGAAUCAAUAAAGGGAGUCAUCAAGUCGAAACGUUUACUGCCAGCUUGUCUAGUCUUUGCCCUUGAUAGAAUAGUUUCACAAGUAUGUCUUUGAUUUGUUGUAUUAGUCAUAUUGUUGUUCCCAAAGGGAUUUAUUUGAAGGAGUCUUUGAACUGCAAUCAAAUGGUACAUUUAUAAUAAAUGUAAACCACUAAGGAAAUGAUGUAAUACAUAACUUUUGUACAACUUUUUCAUCUUAUACAACCAUUGUUUUUGUGUGAGAAAGGUACAGUACUGCACAAAGCUCCAGAGAAGAAUUUGUGUAUAAACAUUGCCAUGUGGCCAAAGCUCUGUUCACUGUGGCAUCUGUUGAUGCUAUUGUUAUUCUGACUGUAUUGUAGUACAGAUAUAAACAAGACUUUUUGGAGAAACUGUCAAGCAGGCAAAAAAAAAGUUUGUUCAAACAUUCAAAUGAUAUUAUGAAGGUAAUAAAUGUAUGCAAACAAA